AUGUCCUAUCCUCAGGGUUACCUCUACCAGCCCCCGGGCUCGCUGGCUCUUUACUCGUGUCCGGCUUACGGGGCCUCGGCUCUGGCUGCCCCGCGGAGUGAAGACUUGGCGAGGUCGUCCUCCGGCUCAGCCUUCAGUCCUUACCCCGGAUCGGCUGCUUUCUCCGCCUCGGCUGGUGCAGGCUUCUCCAGCCCGCUGUCAUACUCCACGGAUCCAACGACGGGAUUCCCAUCCUACAUGCUUCUUCCCAUAAUGACUGCGCAGACGUCGGGUAUGGCCGGGGCAUUAAGUUACCACCCAUACGGGAGUCCGGGGUACCCUUACCACUCAACGACCCGGGCGUACCGCAAGAACGCCACAGGGACGCCACGCGCCACUCUAAAAGCCUGGCUGCAGGAACACAGGAAGAACCCGUACCCCACUAAGGGCGAGAAGAUCAUGCUGCACAUCAUCACCAAGAUGACCCUGACGCAGGUCUCCACGUGGUUCGCCAACGCCAGGAGGAUCAAGAAGGAGAACAAGAUGACGUGGGCGCCCAGGACAAAGAUCGAGGACGAGGACGAGGAGGACGGCGACGGGGAGAGGAAAGAAGUGGAGCGCUCUGAGAAAAACCUGGAGAACAGCGAGGCUUCAGCGGCGGAUGAAGGUAUCAGCUUGCACGUCGACACCCUGACGGACCACUCCUGCUCGGCGGAGUCUGACGGGGAGAAGGUCAGCUGUCGCGGGGGAGAGCUGGGCUCCGACCGGGCCGGCGACAAAUGCGACGACGACGCCGAGGACCGGAACCACGAACCGCGAGCAUCGCUCUCGCCCAUAUCCGUCACGUCGUCGCCUCCACUAGAAUCUCCACUUCUCGGUCACCACCACCACCACCAGCAGCACCACCAGCAGCAGCACCACCACCAGCUCCAUCACCUCCACCAUCUCCACAGCCAGCGCGAGGAUUUGGCCCGGAGCCUCAUCAAUAACCACAUUAAUACCAAUAAAUCGUCUUCCUGCCUUGAUAGCAGACCUUCGCCUCAGAACCCUACGGUCAAGCCCAAAUUGUGGUCGCUGGCGGAAAUUGCUACCUCGGACCAAAAGCAGCAACAUCAGCAACCGGGGCAGAAUGGGCCAACAAAUUGCCCCUCCUCCAGCGGUGGCCUCCUCACCCCCCCGACGUCUUCCACCACCUCCCCGGCUGCCAGUUCCCCCUCCCUCUACCCAGCCCCCUCCAUCCUCGGAAGACCUAUUUAUUACACGUCUCCCUUUUAUAGCAAUUACACAAACUAUGGCAACUUCAGCCCCCUGCAGGGCCAAGGGAUCCUGCGGUAUACUAAUUCAUCAGGAGUGAGUCUGGCUGCAGCCGCCGCCGCCGCCGCUGCCGCUGCCGCCGCCUCCGCCGCCGCCGCUGCUGCAAACGAGGGUGUGAGCUCCUCUCAGCAGACUCUGGAGGCGAGCUCACACCCCAAACACAGGCCAGACUCUCCCGUCGUUAAAAUUAACCCCAACCAGAUUUUUGUUGUCGAGCAGCAGCAGCAGCAGCAUUUCAGACACGCACAUUUAGAAGCGAAGAAAGGUACGUAA